AUAUAUAUAUAUAACCAUUGCUACUGAACACCAUCUUCAGCAAAACUGAUACAAGAAAUGGGUGGCUUUCAUAGGAUAUAUUCUUGCAUUCUUCUCCUCCUCUGUCUCUUAAAAACUGCCCCUGUAGGCUCAGUUCCUAGUGAAAAAUUCUCCAUCAUAGAGUACGACAAUGUUGCGGAGAAUGCAUUCGAGCUUUUUGAGAUGUGGAGCUCAAAGCAUGGCAAGGUUUAUCAUCAUCCAUCAGAGAAAGCCAUGAGGUUUGAGAAUUUUCAGAAGAACCUUGCUUAUGUGCUUGAAAGGAAUGCACAGAAGGAGCUGAUGCCGCUCGGUCACACAGUCGGGCUCAACGUAUUUGCUGACUUGAGCAAUGAGGAGUUCAGAGUGAAGUAUCUGAGCAAAAUGAAGCUUGCUGGGAAGAGAAAGAUGGCAGGAAUGGAGGGGAAGAAGGAAGAAUGUGACGCGCCAUACUCACUUGAUUGGAGGAAGAAAGGGGUAGUCACUGGAGUUAAAGAUCAGGGGCAGUGCGGGAGCUGUUGGGCGUUCUCUUCAACAGGGGCAAUGGAAGGCAUAAAUGCCAUAGCCACAGGGGACCUUCUCAGUCUUUCUGAGCAAGAGCUUGUGGACUGUGACACAACCAAUGACGGAUGUGAUGGCGGUUAUAUGGAUUAUGCAUUUGAAUGGGUCAUAAAGAAUGGAGGCAUUGACACAGAGCAUGACUACCCUUACACAGGCCAAGAUGGUUCUUGCAACACUGAGAAGGAAAACAUCAAAGCAGUAACGAUUGAUGGUUACCAAGAUGUUGCUCAGAAUGAAAAUGCCCUCCUGUGUGCAGUCGCCAAGCAGCCCAUCAGCGUGGGGAUUGAUGCGUCAUCGAUGGAUUUUCAGCUAUACACAGGAGGGAUUUAUGAUGGAGAAUGCUCAAGUGAUCCGGAUGAUAUUGAUCAUGCAGUUUUGAUAGUCGGGUAUGGUUCAGAAAAAAAUAUCGGUUACUGGAUUGUCAAGAAUUCAUGGGGUACUAGCUGGGGCAUGCAAGGGUACUUCUACAUUAGAAGAAAUACUGGACUACCUUAUGGUGCAUGUGGAAUUAAUGCGAUGGCUUCAUACCCGAUGAAGGAAUCCACCUCUCCAUCACCUUUUCCAUCUCCGGCAAUACCACCACCACCACCACCUCCUCCUCCUCCGAGCCCUAUGCCAAUCAAAUGUGGUGGACUAUCAUACUGCUCGGCAGGAGAGACUUGCUGUUGCAUUUAUCAAUGGAUGGACUUCUGCUUGCUAUAUGGUUGCUGUGCUUAUGAGAAUGCAGUCUGCUGUGCUGGGUCUAUUUACUGCUGUCCUCAAGAUUAUCCCAUUUGUGACAUUGAAGAUGGACUUUGCCUCCAGAAAAAUAGAGAUUUCAUAGGCAUCAAACCAAAGAAGGUAAAGCUAGCUAAGCACAAGCUACCAUGGGAAGCAAUUUGAAGCAGCCCAGCAUGCCAACCUCAUGUGGAAGAGCGAUGGACUUGAAGCCUUAUGCUGAACAUCAAAUUUCAGAAAGUCUACAAAUAACUUCUUAUUACUUUAAAAAAUUAUGUUAUAUAAUAUUUCAGACCAAGCUUUAUUACACAAUGUCAAUCACUUAGAAUCAGUAUUUAUGCAGUUUAUAUCAAUUAAAAGGCUUGAGAGUUUGGCACUUCUCCUGGUAGUCUCUGUAAUAGUUUCAAAUGUAGUUUACUUCUAGUUUAUUCAGAGCUCAA